ACCACUUCAUCUCCCUUUGUCACAGUUCCCGGGGCUCGUCCAGCAGACAUGCGCGGCGAUCUUCUAAGGACAACGGUGGUGGCGGUGGUGGUGGUAUUGGGGGUCCUCGUAACCACCCCAGUCCACGCCACCAACGUUCUCAUUGGCGCAGGAUCGGCCAAUCAGCACCGGUCUUUUUCCCGGUUCCCUUUGCCUCCUGUUACCCCUCCUCCUUCCCCUCCACCGCCUUCCUUCCCCUCCAUCGCGAGCCUCAACAGCAAUAAGGGACAGGAAGCCGGAGGGAAGGGAGGAGAGAGAAACAUCUUCCUCUCUCCCUCACCCACUGGAGGAGACGGACUAUUCGGAGGGAGAGACGGAGGAAAUUCAAACACAGGGGGAGCCACCGACUUGGGGUCACUUUUUGCGGUCCUGGACGAAGGAGGAGCGGGAGGAGAUGACUUACUGGUGGGACCGACAGAUGGAUUCGGGUUAGAUGGAUUAGGACCAGACGGAUUAGGAGCGGACGGACUGGGGCCAGAUGGGAUAGGAUUAGAUGAGUUCGGGUUGGAUGGCUUAGGAUUUGAUGGCAUGGGAAUCGAGGCAUGGGACUCCAACGAUUUCUCUAACGCCCUUUUCUCACUGCUUGGAGACGGAGGACUUGAUGAAGGGGCAGGAGACAUUGGGGGAGCAGGAACACUAGGAGCAGCAGUAGGCGAGAUAGCAGGAGGCGCCUUAACAAACCUCACCGACAUCUUCUUCUCUCUUAUGGACAACGACGAACUCUUGGCCCAGGCUACCAUCAACCUCCCCGCCAUCAGUGAUCCAACCUCCGACCCUCAUUUCAUCCCCUCCGACGUUAUCAGUGAUCGGACUGGCUUGGGCGGCGGCGGCAGAAGCCGAAGGCGAAGGAGCAAGUGCCUCACCAUCCUAAGAAUCCUGAAGGCAAUCACCGGAGGAAACAGACGGAGGAAUAGGAACAACAGCCGGAGGAACAACAGGAGGAACGAGAGAAGGAAUGAGAGGCAGGAGAGAAGGGAGGAAAGACGCGAAGAGAGGCAAGAGAACAGGAACGAUAGAAGGGAGGAGAGAAGGGACACCAGGAAUGAAAGACUGGAGGAUAGACAAGACAGAAGACAGGAGAGGAGGGAAGACAGGCUGGAUAGAAGGGAGGAGAAGCUGGAGCAAAGGAAUGACAAUUUGCAGGACCAGAUCAGGAGGGAGAGGAGGAGGAGGAGGCGCCAGCGUAGGAAUGCCCUCCUCGCAAGAAUCUUCUGCUUCUUCGUGGAUGCUGCGAAGUCUAAGAUGCGACUCAUUGGGUGAAAGUCCACUGGAAACCUUAGAAACAAAUUAAGGAAAACCAACUUACCGAGUGGAAAGAAAGGAAGAAAAGAAAGAAAAGUAAACAAGAAAAUAAGCAAACCAGAUAAACGAUUAAAAAACAAGAGAGAGAGAGAGAGAGAGAGAGAGACUAAUGUAAUGCAACCAAAUGACUCAACCAAAACAAGAAAACGAAGUAUGAAUGAUAAAUGGUGAGUAUAUGGUGAAUAAAUGACGAAUAAACGAACGCCCCAUGAAUGAAAAUUGAUUUUAAAAAAUUAAUAACAUAUAGAGAACACGAAGCAAUAACUAUGUAAAUAAUGUAAAAAAAAAAAAAGAUAUCAUAGCGAAUUUAUUAUACAAGAGGAAACAACUACCAUAUUUUUGCACAUUAUUGAAGUUGAUAAAAGUUAGCCAAACCAAUUUCACGUAAAAGAAAUAUUAUGAAAAUCAGAUAUAAUAAAUAAACUUAACAUAUAAGAUAAAAAUUUAUUGCAUAUCACUUAAAAAAAGAUUUACUACUCUUUGUAUUGUUCUAAGUGCUAAAAAUAUAUA